CCCCCUCCCUGCCCAUCUUCUAUUUUUGCUUCUCCUUCGCCUUCUUCUCCUUCGGCGGCUGGUGCAGCAGCUCUUGGAUGGACUCCUCUGCGGCUUCCCGUCGCCCGCCGCCUUUCUCCGUGAACUGAAGCGAGAUGCAGGAGGCUGGUGGCCGUUUCGGCUGUACGGAGAGACACAGGCGCAAGAUGGCAGAUUUCUAUUGAGUUUAAAGGGGCGGCGGGGAGGGGGGGGUGGGCAAGCCGAAGUCCUGCUUCGUUUUUCUUCCGUUGCCAUGAAUAACAGAAUUCCUUGCACCGAUGGCUCCCAUGUACGAAGGUAUGGCCUCCCAUGUGCAAGUUUUCUCUCCUCAUACUCUUCAAUCAAGUGCCUUCUGUAGCGUGAAGAAACUAAAAGUCGAACCAAGUUCUAACUGGGAUAUGACUGGGUACGGCACACAUAGCAAAGUCUAUAGUCAGAGCAAAAACGUGCAAUCUUCUCAAGCGGCUGCUGCCAUCAAUGCCUCUCUCCAGAUUCCAAACCCCAGCAUCCCUUAUGAGCAGACCAUCAUCUUCCCAGCCAGCACCGGGCACAUUGUGGUAACAUCUGCCAAUAGCACCUCUGGUGUGGUUGCAGUAUCUGGGCAGGCAUUGGGCGGACCACACAACCUGAUGCGUCGAAGCACUGUGAGCCUUUUGGAUACCUACCAAAAAUGUGGACUUAAACGGAAAAGCGAGGAAAUCGAGAACACAAGCAGUGUUCAAAUUAUUGAAGAGCAUCCACCGAUGAUUCAGAAUAAUGCCAGUGGGGCCACAGUAGCCACCACAACAACGUCCACUGCCACAUCCAAAAAUAGUGGCUCCAACAGCGAAGGGGAUUACCAGUUGGUGCAACAUGAAGUGCUAUGUUCCAUGACCAACACAUACGAAGUAUUAGAAUUUCUUGGCCGUGGUACUUUUGGGCAAGUAGUGAAAUGCUGGAAACGUGGCACCAAUGAAAUUGUGGCCAUCAAGAUUCUUAAAAACCAUCCUUCUUAUGCCAGGCAAGGUCAAAUUGAAGUGAGCAUCUUGGCUCGGUUAAGCACUGAAAGCGCAGAUGAUUACAACUUUGUCCGAGCCUACGAAUGUUUCCAGCACAAGAACCACACCUGCUUGGUUUUUGAGAUGUUAGAACAGAACUUGUAUGAUUUUUUAAAGCAAAACAAGUUCAGUCCAUUGCCUCUUAAGUACAUCAGGCCAAUAUUACAGCAGGUAGCCACAGCUCUCAUGAAAUUGAAAAGCUUGGGUUUGAUCCAUGCUGACCUCAAGCCAGAAAAUAUCAUGUUGGUGGAUCCAUCUCGGCAGCCCUACAGGGUCAAGGUUAUUGACUUUGGUUCUGCUAGUCAUGUGUCCAAAGCUGUGUGCUCAACUUACCUUCAGUCCAGAUACUACAGAGCCCCUGAAAUCAUCCUUGGUUUACCCUUCUGCGAAGCAAUUGACAUGUGGUCUUUGGGAUGUGUCAUUGCAGAGCUUUUUUUGGGUUGGCCAUUAUAUCCAGGAGCUUCAGAAUACGAUCAGAUCCGGUAUAUUUCACAGACACAAGGCUUGCCAGCUGAAUAUUUGUUAAGUGCUGGAACAAAGACCACCAGAUUUUUCAAUAGGGACACUGAUUCACCAUAUCCACUGUGGAGGCUAAAGACACCAGAUGACCAUGAGGCAGAGACAGGUAUCAAGUCAAAAGAAGCAAGAAAGUAUAUUUUCAACUGUUUGGAUGACAUGGCACAGGUAAAUAUGACAACAGAUUUGGAAGGAAGUGAUAUGUUGGUGGAAAAGGCAGACCGGAGGGAGUUCAUAGAUCUGUUAAAGAAAAUGUUGACGAUAGAUGCAGAUAAGAGGAUAACGCCAAUUGAAACACUCAAUCACCCAUUUGUCACCAUGACACACCUGCUUGAUUUUCCCCAUAGCACCCAUGUUAAGUCCUGUUUUCAAAACAUGGAGAUUUGCAAGCGGCGAGUAAACAUGUAUGACACUGUGAAUCAAAGCAAAACACCAUUCAUCACCCAUGUAGCCCCAAGCACAUCAACCAAUUUAACCAUGACCUUCAAUAACCAGCUCAAUACAGUUCAUAACCAGGCCACCACUCUGGCUCCCACUUCCACUACCAGUGCCACUAUUUCCUUAGCCAACCCUGAUGUCUCCAUACUAAACUACCAAUCUGCACUCUACCAGCCCUCGGCAGCAUCCAUGGCCGCGGUGGCUCAGAGGAGCGUCCCUCUGCAGACAGGCACAGCGCAGAUAUGUGCUCGUCCUGACCCUUUCCAGCAAGCCCUCAUUGUAUGUCCUCCAGGUUUUCAAGGAUUGCAAACUUCCCCUUCAAAGCAUGCUGGCUAUUCUGUCCGGAUGGAGAAUGCAGUUCCCAUAGUCACUCAGGCUGCUGGGGCUCAGCCCCUUCAGAUCCAACCAGGGCUUUUAGCACAGCAAGCCUGGCCUAGCGGCACUCAGCAAAUCUUGCUUCCUCCAGCUUGGCAGCAAUUAACUGGGGUAGCUACUCACACCUCAGUCCAGCAUGCUACUGUAAUUCCAGAGACCAUGGCAGGGACUCAACCACUGGCAGACUGGAGAAAUACACAUGCUCAUGGUAGCCAUUACAAUCCCAUCAUACAACAACCUGCACUCUUAACAAGUCAUGUCACCCUUCCAACAGCCCAGCCUUUAAAUGUGGGCGUAGCUCAUGUCAUGAGGCAACAACCAACCAGCACCACCUCCUCAAGGAAGAGCAAACAGCACCAAUCAUCAGCAAGGAAUAUGUCCAACUUUGAGGUAUCUUCUUCUCAAACGAUCAGCUCUCCACAGCGGUCUAAGCGAGUAAAGGAGAACACCCCUCCUCGUUGUGCGGUGGUGCACAAUAGCCCAGCCUGCAGCACCUCUGUUACAUGUGGGUGGGGAGAUGGACCUUCUAGUACAACAAGGGAACGACAGAGACAAACAAUAGUCAUCCCUGACACCCCCAGCCCCACAGUCAGUGUUAUCACAAUCAGCAGUGACACCGAUGAGGAAGAGGAACAGAAGCAUGCACCUACAAGCCCCCUGUCUAAGCAAAGAAAAAAUGUCAUCAGCUGUGUAACUGUACACGAUUCCCCGUAUUCUGAUUCCUCUGGCAACAACAGUCCAUAUACAGUGCAACAUCGUGGAGGAAACAAUAAUGGAAACAAUUAUGACACGAAGGGUGCACCAGAGUCACACUGUAAUGGCAACCCUCGGACGAUCAUUGUACCACCGCUGAAAACCCAGGCCAGCGAAGUCUUAGUAGAAUGUGAUAGCAUGGUACCAGUCACUACCAGUCACCACUCAUCUUCCUGUAAGUCAAAGUCCUCUAGCAUUGUGACCUCCACCAGUGGUCAUUCUUCAGGGAGCUCAUCUGGAGCCAUCGCCUACAGGCAGCAGCGGCCUGGACCACACUUCCAGCAGCAGCAGCCUCUUAAUCUUAGCCAGGCGCAGCAACACAUCGCAACCGGGAAUCAUCGACGGCAACAGGCUUACAUCACUCCAACAAUUGCUCAGGCACCGUAUUCCUUCCCACACAACAGUCCUAGCCACGGCACAGUCCAUCCUCACUUGGCUGCAGCUGCCGCCGCCCAUCUGCCAACUCAACCUCAUCUAUACACAUACACAGCACCUGCGGCUCUGGGUUCCACAGGCACCGUGGCUCACUUAGUGGCUUCCCAAGGCUCAGCUCGACACACCGUACAGCACACUACUUAUCCAGCCAGCAUCGUCCACCAAGUUCCGGUUAGCAUGGGCCCCCGUGUCCUUCCAUCACCCACAAUCCACCCAAGUCAGUAUCAAGCUCAGUUUGCCCAUCAAACGUAUAUCAGUGCAUCUCCAGCCUCCGUCUACACUGGAUAUCCCUUAAGUCCUACAAAAAUCAACCAGUACCCAUACAUCUAAACACUGGAAUGAGGAAAAACAAAAAAAGACAUUUCAGCACACAUUGAGAGGAACAUGGCUGCUUUUAUACUGAAGAAUGUCACAGGCAAAUGAACAAUGCAAAUGGGAGACUCCAGCAAAACUUGAACAAAGGAGACUUUAAGGAAGAAAGCAGACACAAGAAGACGAGACACGUCCUACACUUUUAUUUAAAAAAAGAAAGAAAAGAAAGAAAAAAAGCUAAAAAGAAUGAAAAAUAAAAAUACAAAAAAAAAUCUGCACCAAACCACAUAGUGGGAGACGCAGAAGGACCACCGUUGUCUGGUCCUGUUUUGGAUAACUUCACCAAGAGACUUUUUCAGAUUAUUUUCAUCUGAUUACAGGAGACUCCGUUUAGGAAUUUGUUGUUCAAAUCUUCUAAUACAAAGUUUCAUAGGUGUUUGGGUAUAUUUUUUUUAAUUAAACAAAGAAGCAUACAAAUUAGGGAUUUAUCCAGAAUUUCAAAAGGGUUAUGACUUUGUCUUUGCACUGGUUGCUGUAACCCAAAAUAAAAACACACACAAUGAAAAGUGUGGUGUGUUUUCUGUUGAUAAUGGAAUGGGCAAAAGCCGAGAGCCGUUUUGGAUUAUUCCAGCUCUCCCAAUCAGUCUAGAAGCACUAGAAAGUUGGGAGGAUAGAAAAACACUGAGCAGAAAACACUAUCUGAUGAAAUCAAAGGUCGUGCUGAAUAUUUGUUCUUACUCUGAGCAUCCUGGAUAAAUCCCUUUCCUUAAAGGAAAAAGUCUUUAAUAAUGUAUGAUAGAAUCUCAACUUCCUUACUUGAAAAUACUUUUUUCCCACUUUAUUUCUCUGGAUAACCCUUCACCAUUUGCAGUCCAAUCCUAACAUUUGCCUGCUCUGGCUGAUAGCUACUUUGGUCACCACUUCACAAAGCACAACAGUGUGUGCUGUUGCUGUUGAAACAUAACAGCAGUACUGGGGGCAGGAACCACAAUACCAAAUGUUUAGGAUUGGGUUGUUAGUGUAGGAGUAGAAGUUCUAGCUAGCCCUUGGUAGAAUGUAGCACUAUACAUCCAUACAGCCGUUUUCUACUUUGUGUUAAGCUCCAGUGAUACCAAUAGACUAUUCCUCAAUGUUAUUGCACAAAAAAAGUGAUAUAACAUAGGCAUGUAACAAAUGUGAUUGUCCAGGUAUAUCUGUGUCUGCGUGUGUGAGUGUGUGCGCAUGUGCGCGCUGAUGCUGCCUUUUCUUGUGGUGUGGUCCUCAGCACAGCCAUUUUACACUGUCACAGUCUUAGUUUUACAUCAUUCCCUUGUAGUGCCUUACCAAACGACAGUUGCAGUUUGAUGGGUUUACUUCCACUGGUACGCCUAGAAAUGGACUGAGGCUGGUUCAAAUGUAAACUCAGCUCCUUUUUUUCCUCCUCCUCCUCUUCUUCCUUAUGUUAGAUUGCUUUCCUUUUUUUUCUCUAGACUUUCAAAAACAAAAAUGUAAUGUCUUUCUUAGGUAAGUUGCAAGGGCCAAAGGAAGGCUGCUGGGAGUUUGCUGGAAUAGAACAAUCAGUGGACCCAAGAAAGGGGAUUUUUUGGGGGUGGGUUGGGGUGGAUUUGAGAUGUCUGGAUGAGUUCUUAGCCCCUAAAGCAGCUUUUCAAGGAAUUCCAUGUUAUCAGUUGUGUUAUUAGUUGAAUUUCCUUCCGGGAUACACAAUUCUCCGUAACAUUUUGCAGGUUCAUAUAUUUAUUAAAGUAUGAAUAGAAAAAGGGGUGGGGGAGGUGCCCAGGCCUGCUUUGGAUUAGUAAUACGUAGUACCUCAUGUUCAAUUGCUAUGUCUAAACUGGGGGUGUAAGGGGGGAGUGGGUGAAGGGCAAUGUCUUGGAACAAACUUUAUAUAUUUUCACUUGAAUGAUUUCAGAAAUCUGAGAAUAAGAGGUAUUCUUUCUAGAACAUCAGGCUCAGACUUGUGCCAAAAGCUGGUUUGGUUUGGUUUUCUUCUUUUUCUUGAGAAGCAGUUGCACUGGAGCUUCAUGUUGUGGACUUGGAGUGGACUCUACUACGCUUGUAGUAGGUCUGACUCUAGUUCCUUAGGGUACAGUCUGAUCUACUGUCUAAGCAACAUGUUCUGCAUUUAGGAGCUAGCUUGGAGAUGCCACCAUAACUGUUAAUGGUUUUGAUCAGCUUUCCCCAACUGAUGCUCCCUGAACAGAUGUACAUAAAUCCCACAAUAUCCUAUUGGCUGUGCUAAUUUGGAAUUCUCCAAGACAUCUAGAACUGGAUGGGGAAAGAUGUUUUUAUCAGGUGCUUUCUUCGCUUUGUCCCAUUUUGUUCUUACUGUGCUUUUCUUUUUCUUAAAAGUAAUAAUCAUCAUAACAAUGUUAACAGUAGCUCAUCGGACACUGUAUCUUCCACAAUAAAUUAUUUAUAUUUCCCUUCCCCCACCCCUUUGGUAUAUUCUUUUUCAGAAGGAUUCCAAAGAGAAGUGUUUGUACAAUAAAAUAAUAAUAACGAAAGAAUGAGUAGAUAUUUUAUGGUGACAUCACUAGAUUUUUCUGUUGUGUAAGUCUUUACUGUCCAUCCCCCCACCCCCCCAGUGAUGUUUUACUUGUAUUAGUGGUUUGAAGUUGAUUGUGAAAAAGGCUGUGUGCCUUUAUACUGGUAGGCUGACUUUUUAUCUGGUCCGCAUGGCUUCUAAGCCAAGGUUACCAGAUCUGGGGCUGCAAAAAUUUGAAGAUUACGUGGGAAAAAAAGUUAUCUUUUAUCUCUUUGCUGUCCUCUAGUGAUCAUCAUGACUUUUUGCAACCCGUAUCUGGUAGCCCCCAAGUAGCAGAGACACCUGUUUGGGGAUGGUGAAGGGAGAAAUGUCAAGAAAUCAGUAUGGCGGCUGUAACAAUAUACUCAAAGCCCCUCUUUUUUAAAAAAAACAAAAAACGUUUGUGGCAAUGCAUGUAAAGACUGAGCUUUGAUUAUGGGGAUGCCAUCUUAUUAUUAUUAUUAUUAUUAUUUCUGUGGGCACCUCUGAUAAGAAGUGCCCCAAUUUUUCUGGCUUCAGAAAAGAAGUGCUUAGGCAAUAGGAUAAGAUGUUGGGUUAAGGCAAGUCAGUUAGUUGAGAGAUGAGGGAGGGAUCUUAGAGGUGGUAAAGAUAAAAAGCUUGCUCAUGAGGGGAGUUGAGAAGAAAGACAAGCACAGUUGUCAUACCUGGAAGUGGGCACUCUUGCUUCACUGGCAGGAAGGAAGGGCUCCUACCCCAAAUAUUAAGGUGGACACUCUUAUUUUUCUGAAGUAAAUCAUUGGAAGCAAAACUGGCUUCUUCUCCGCUAUUUAGAAACUGAACCUCGUUUUAUUUUUAAUUUUUAGUAUCUCUCUGCUCCUAAGUAUAGUAGUCUAAAAGGCAUCUGCCUUUUUGAAGAGAAUAUCUUCUGUUGCUUCCCCAGUGAAGAAAUUCCUCAUCAGCAGCUGGGUGUUAAUAGAAUAGUGUAUAUUCCUCUCUUUCUGUCCAGGUUCAAGCACCAACUGCUUAUAUCUUUGAGAGGAAAGAUUCCUCCCAUUCAGUCCUUCUUGUUGUAUUACUAAUUUUAAUAUGUUAUAAUUAUAUUUUUAUUUUAUUUUAUUUUUUGCUUUAAUUGCACUUGCAUUUCUGUGUACUCUUGUUGUUAAUGUUCUCUUAAGAAGGUAUUUGUUGUUAAGGAAGGAAUGCUUUUUUCCCUUUGUUAUUAGCAUCAGCAUGUUUACCCCUCAAUGUAGGUUUUGGAAGGAAGGAAAGGGAGACAAAAGGAAACCCUGAGAAACUUGGAAGGAACAAGAUAUUAAUAACGCUUCUCAAGAUGUGAAAAAGCUACGGUGAGUCCUGGACUUAUAUAUUUAUCUACCUGCCUCCAGUUCCUCCUACCUCUCAGCAAGGCAGAGCUUAAAAAGUUCUCUGUAUCUGUUCCAUGAAUCUGAAUCCAUAGUUGGAAUCUAAUUUGUUUCUUAUUAACAUAGUUUAAAGAUACUAACUAGGGAUUAAAUGCAUCACAGUUCUCCAUUAUGUCCCAAGUAUAGUUCCUUAAGAUUGGAUGUUAUAGGGAACUCUGAUUAUUUUAACGAUAUUGUAGAACAAAAACAUUUCUAGUCUCUUGUGUGUAAAAGAUUAGAGGGAAAUAAGCUCACAUUUGCUUAAGCUUAUUUAUACAGCAGGAAAAUGUGGUUACAUGCCAUAUUGUAGUUUUUAUACAAUAGCAUACCUCUGCAGUUUCUGGAUACUUUCUUAUUAUAUUUUUACUUUUCCAGAAGACUGCCUUUUAAGGCAUAAGCCAAACAAUUGCUGGCUUAAAAUGGAUUUAAGAAGUAUGGUAAGAUCAUGGAAACCUAAUACAAAUCUUGCACUGUAGGACUCGAUGGGAUGAGUUCACACAAUUCGCUAAGUCAAAACCAAAUAAAAUCCCAAUACAAUUUAGCAUAUUCUGCAGUCCUGUUUACUGGGUUUGUGUACAAAGUAGUUGCACAUUGUAAAAACCCAAUCCGUUGGUGCGCCUACAAACCAUGAUUCGGUGAGUGAACCCAAACACUAUUUGAUGAAUUCCUGUGAUACAGAAAUAUUACAGAGUUAUAUUUUGUCACAAUCUUAUAAUGAACUCAAGAUACAAAUACUUGUAGUUAGGUUUCCCACUUUGGAAGUGCAAUAGUUGGGAAUUUUUAUCAACAAAAAGAAAUGAAAUUCAGGAAGCCAGCCCAAAAAAAUCCUAGUAACUAAUGUUGGCUACUCAAAUUUGAAGGAUCCAGAGAUUCUAAGCUAUGGUUCAUUCUCUCUUGUAGCAGGGCUCAAAAUUGUUUCCAUUUCCUUCUCCUCAAACUGUUUUAUGUUCAGAAUUAUUGUAAGAGUCACCUUGCAGCGAGAUGGGUGGAAAACAAAUUUAAUAAAUAAAAUAAUAAUACAUUGCAAACUUUCAAAUUACUUAGGAAGGAGAUCUCUUCUGGUUCCAUGUGAUUUUAUGUGUUACAUUAAAAGUCUUCCUUUUCUUUAUUUGCAAACUCUCAUUACUUAGGAGAAUAUCUCCUAGUCUGCAAUAUUUGAGCAUAACAUUUAUCUUGAUAAAUAAAUGAUUAGCUGUUUAACUUCUGGCAGGAAAGCUUUGAAGAGGUGGUUUUAAUGACUGGCAAAGUUUCAUUUAAAUAUUUUAGUUGUUUUUUUAAAUGCGCGCAAAGAAGUUCCACUUUUUUUUCACAGUAUAUAAUUGAACAUGGCAAAAUUCACAGAGAGAGAGGCAGCAUGUGAAUAGGGCUAGAAAAAGAAAACUGUUGCACAAUUUGAGGGUGGAUUAGUUAAGAGGGAAAAGUGAAAUUAAAAGAUAAUAAAAUAAACACACAGGGAGAACUUUAUUUUAGUCUUCUGGAACCCUGGUGCCUUUCUGUUGAACUGGGACUGCCAAUAUAAAGAUUUCUCCUUCAUUAGGAUAAAAAUAAUACAGUUUCUUACGUAGAUUGCAGUUCUAAAACAAUUGAAGAUUCCAGAGUGUGAAAGGAGAACCCAUUUUUUUAAUAGAGGAAGAUGAAAUUCCAUUUUUUUUUCAAUCUAGAAAAAUAUAAAUUUAAUAAAGCACUACAAAGUUUUAAGGAAGACAAGAAUGAAAGCUUAUAUUUACUUAAUAUGAGACCACAAUGUCAGCUGCAAGCCUAACUAGUCCAGUGUUAAUAUAGUCAAUAGUCCAGAUUCUAAUUCAUGGGAAUUGUUAUCAGGUAGAAGGCACUAAUUCGAGGAAGCUUGGCAUAGCAUGUGACUGGCAUUGUACAGGUCAAACACAAGCUUGUGUGAUCUGUGUCUGAUUGCACUGAUUACAAUUUUCAAGGGGACUAUAUCACCUUUUGACUUUUUUUCCCCUGAAUCAAUGAAUGAAGCUAAUUAAAUAGCGAAAUAAGAAAUAAGUGAUAACAUCAAGUUAUCUGGAUAGCCACAAAGAAAUCAAAAGUCGCAUUUUAAUAAACCUUGAUGUCAGAGAUUGAUAAUUGAAUUGAAGGUGACUUUCUGUUCAGUAAAUAUGCCAGAACCACAUUGCAAAAUUGUUGCAGCAUCUCAGAGAAGAAAUGGAUUAUAGCAGCCUUUAAAAUGUUAGCAUAGAGAAACACUAGAGCAGUGAACUUGGCAACUUUAAGAUGUGCUGACUUCAACCCCCUGGGAGUUGAAGUCCACACAACUUAAAAUUGCCAAGUUCAAAAAAACAGUGCGCCAAUCUUUCAACAGUGUCAAAUGGGAUUGAGAUAACCAGAUACAAGAGUAUCUUCUCUUAAAUUCUAAAGUUGUGUGUGUGUGUGUGUGUGUGUGUGUGUGUGUGUGUGUGUGUUGUGUUUUCUGAUACUAUUAAUAUUAAAUCUGAGUGCUGGUAUGUAAUGCAUGCACCAUUUGCAUAAGAAGAAGUAAGGGAAUGAUAGACCUCCUAGUCACCUACAGUUUAUCAAAACUAUAUCAAUUCAUAAGAAAUAAGUUCAGUUUCAUAAAUCUGGCAUUGCACCACAUUUAAAACAUUCCAAACCCAAUAUUUUUUUUUAAAUAUUUAUCCCAGGUUUAAUAAAAGAGUUUUACUUUUGCGCAUUAUUUUUCCUUCACAAUCGAACAUAACCAUACCUCAAAAUCUGGCUUGAUAGGUGAAAUGAUUUAGUAACGUGACGGAAAAUUAAAAACUCAUGCCUCUCUUCAGUCAAAUGACAUUUCAAACAAGACCAGUGUUACAAAAACUAAAUUGUGCUUUCUCUUGCUAAAGAGUUCAUUCAAAAUUUGGGGACCAGUGGUAUAAUAUAAGAGGAUAUAUUUAUUUUCCUUAUGCCUCAUUUUGGUUUUCUUUUUUUUUAUUCAAAAAGUUUUACAGAAAAUUUCCCCCCCUUUCCCCCCCUCCCCUCCCCCCUCCCUUCACAACCCCCCUCCCCCUCCCCCCCGACUUCCCGGAACGAGCACAAGGUAUAGUUAAAAAUAAAACAAACAUAUGCUAAAAAAGUUUCGUCCCAAGUUAAUUAUACCCCUAUAAUCAUCAAUUUCUAACUUCCCCAAAAAACAAUCAAAAAUAAUACCUCAUAAUCAUUCAAAAACAGUCUGAUAACUCUUAGUCUGAUAUCUACUUUGAAUAUAGUCAAUCCAUUUUUUCCAUUCCUUUAAGUAUCUUUCUUGCGUAUUGUCUUUCAAAAAGGCUGAUAUCUUCGCCAUCUCAGCCAAAUUGGCAACCUUCAAUAUCCAUUCUUCUAUUGUAGGUACUUCUUUUUUCUUCCGGUAUUGUCCUAUUAGUAAUCUUGCUGCUGUUAUUAGAUUUAAAAUCAAUUUAGUCUCAAUUACUGUACAGUCCGUAAUAAUUCCCAACAGAAAAAAUUGUGGCAGGAACUUUAUCUUCUUUUUCAAAACAUUUUGUAGAAUCCACCAAAUUUUUAUCCAAAAGGCCUUUAUAUCCUUACAAGUCCACCAAAUGUGAAAAUAUGUAGCGUCAUCACAAUUACAUCUCCAACAUUUUGCUUGCAUAUCUGGAUACAUACAUGAUAAUUUCUUAGGAUCUAAAUGCCAUCUAUAAAACAUUUUAUAAAAAUUUUCCCUCAGAUUCUGUGCCUGCGUGAAUUUAAUAUUUCUAACCCAAAUUUUUUCCCAAGUUUCCAAUAAUAUUGGCUCCUGAAAAUUUUGUGCCCACUUUAUCAUACAGUCCUUUACCAAGUCCCUUUCAGAAUCUAUUUCGAGUAACACAUUAUACAAUCUCUUAUGCCUCAUUUUGGUUUUCAUCAUAUAUAUUGCUUUGUAGAAUUCAGUCAUUCUACUUGCUGCUUUUCUAAAUUUUAAUCAUGGUUUGAAGGAAAGGGGAAAAAAACCCUGCUUGUUGUAUUAUGAAUAAUAUUUUAUUAUCUGUGACGGCAGUACAAAUUUAUUAAACUGCCCAUCUAGAAUGCAUUUGUGCAAAUUCCUUUUGUUUCUAUAAAAUGUCACUUUCAUGUUUUAGUACUAAUCAGGGUCCAGGUUGAACACAGUAUGGAAAGUCAGGCUAAAGGCAGAAAAUCAAUAAAAAAAACUUUGCCACCAGCUCCCAAAAUGUGAGGUAUCUAGUACUGAGGAUUCUAUCCUGUGUCUGUCAAUAAGACAGUUCCCUGAGGAGAAGUCAUUUUUCAUUCAUGUCAAUUUAAGGGACAUUGUAACAUUGAAUCUAUUUUGCUCCAUUCUUGUCAGGCUUGUGUACACCUACCAUUAUGCAAGUCUCCAUCUUUUCUGGACACAAGGUAUUACACCAUUCCAUGAGGUUGUUGUGUCUCCCAGGUCUUGGUUUUUAUUUGGUUUCUGCUUAGGCAGUUCCUAAUCUGUGUUCCCUAGGUGUGUGGGGAUCUUGAUUGUACAAAUUCUUAAACAGCUGUACAUCAUAGUCAUCUGAGAAGUUGUGAUUCAAGGAACUGAUGCAGGUCUGCUGUAGUCAUGGAUGAAUGAAUGAAUGAAUGAUGAAAACCAGCCUUCUGAUUAUUCCACUGGGUCUCUGCUUUGAGUAGCUUGAUUUGUGUUGUGUUUUUUCUUUUAAGUCAUUGUAAGAAUUUAUUUGUUCUCAACACUUGGCUAUAAUAAUUGGGCAUAUGUUGAGAUGAUUCACAUCCAAAUUGUCAGGUGUCUGUGAUGUUCACAAGAAUAUUCAAGCUGGACAAGUGAAAGGAUGGUAACCAGUGAAUGUAAAAAAGAAAAAGAAACCCCUUAUAGCAGAAGGAAACACAUAUGUAGCAAGUAUGUUAAGUAGGCAAUGAGUAGAAAUUGUCAGGAGUCUCUGAUUCUUUUCUAACUACAGCAAAUAAGAGCAAACCUUCUUUUGUUAUGUAUGGGUUAGUCAUGUCCUUCCACUCUUAGCAUUGCUGCUAUAUUAGACUUCACAUGUGCGUAUUAAAGAAAAAACCUGUACAUUAAUCUUUUGUUUAUUAUAGUGAAAUCAAGAAAGGCAAUACAUUUCCCCCAAAUAUGAUACUCUUACUGCACUGAUAAAUAUUGUGAUCUGUAAUCCUAACUUGUUGGAAAAGCUGCUUGACAGUUUAUGUCUGUGUGUGUACGUGUGUACGUGUGUGUGUGUACGUGUGUGUGUGUACUAGUGUGUGUGUGUGUGUGUGUGUGUGUGUGCGUACGUGAGCUAAGGGAAUCUACUUCUUGCUCUUCCCUGAAAGAAAUAGGGUAAUGUUGCAGAACAAAAUCAAAAUGCUUAUCUCACCAUCAAAGCAAAGCAAAGGAGUAAUUGAGGUGCUGAGAUUCUACCAUUAACAAUAGGGACCUGUCUUUUUUAAAUCAGUAAAUUAUGGCUAUAUUUGAGAUACCUUGGUCUGGAAUUUCUGUCAGAAGAUAUAUUCAUUUGCCACACCUGUUUUAAUUCUGACUCAUUCGCUAGUUGUUGUAUAUUUUUAAUGUUCUCUUGUUUGCUAUGGUUCUGGAAUAUCUAUGCUCUGUGACUCCACCAACAGCAAAUUUCUCUGUCCAGAUUUCUGGUCUCUGAAAUUUAGUUUAAACAGGGAUUUCAAAAUCUAGGCAGGACAUUUGUUUUAUGUAUAAAGAAGGAUUAAUUUACUUAACUUACGGAAACUGUGACCUAGUGGCAAUAAUUACCUCAAAUGUGGGCAUUUAUCUUGGUUUUAGCCUUUUUUCUGAAAAUAUGUAGCCAGCCUGAAAUUUGGAUUAAAAAAAAAUACUUACCUGUAUGGGCAGAAUAUGAUAAAUGCCUGCCUUGGUCAUUCGGAGUAACCUUUAAAAGUAAAAUGGCAAAAUCUAGGAUCAAGUUGGUGUUUUAUGUAUUUUAAUUAAUUGUGACAUUAAAAUGCACAUAUAAGUAUAUUGUGUUCAUAGCUACUGUAAAGAGCUUCAGCUUUUGAAGUUAUGUAACAAAUCGCCUUUUAAACCAAUAUGAACUAUCAGUAAAUAACAAUCUGUAUUUCUGGCUACAUUUUAUAGUUAUAGUAUUUUAUAGUUUACAUUGAAACUGGUACUUUCUAACUAAAUGCUCUGUUUUUAAUAAUAUCUUCAGAAUCUUAACACUGUUGUCCUUUCCUUUUUUUUAAUUUUUCUUUUUAGAAACAGAAGUAGCAAUGUGUCUUUAAUAUGUACAUUCUGUUCUCAAAUAUAACAUAGUAGCAGAAAGUCAGAUCAAGUAAAAUAAUUCCAAAAUUAAUUUUUUUAAAAAAUCACUCCAUCUAUGUUAAAAGUGUAGUCUACAAGAUUACCUUUUUUAUUUUUGAAUUAAAAGUAAAAUAAACUUUUGGGAAUGAAUCAGGAAGCAUAGUAAUUCCCAGACAUUUCGCAUGCAAUCCAAAGUACAUUUAGAAAGUAGUAAAUUCCAUAAACAGCGUGGGAUUUACUUCUAGAUAAACCUGUGCAUGGUUAAACUCAAAUUUCUAAAUUUGGACAAAAAUACAUGUAUAUUGUAAAGAACGGAUAUGCAAAGCAAUAGAUGCAUUUUACUGCUUAGCGACUCUGGGCUUGUUCAGAACUGUUUGUUUUGUUUUGUGUUUAUGAGUUUUAUAAUCAUGUGAAGCAAAAUGGUUCACUUAGAAUGAUCUUGUGAAAAUGGCAAUCUUGAAUCACAGAUGCAUUAUUGUUUGGCUUUUACUGAAAAUCUUGGGAAGCACAGCAUCAUUUACAUCCCAGCAGUAGUCUUUCCAUUAUACAUGGAAAUUUUUCAGUGUAGAAUAGUCACUUAAAUAUCCCAGUCAUGUACCUGUUCACAGCAAGGAAAAUGUACUGUGAUGAAAUUCUCAAAUGUGAACUAUGGAUUUCUGAGACAAGCCCUUGGGCUGCUUUGAGAAGCAGUAAUAGGUAGUGCUUAAUUUUGACACUACCCAUUAAACUCUCCUAAAUAAAUCAAAUUUUACUUGUCACUCUAGUUUCCCUUUGUAUCGUAAACUUAAUAUGAAGAAUUGGACCAGAUCUUUAUACACUUAGUUGCCUGUUGUCCAAUGACACUCUAUAAAAUGCUGUUUUGUGGUGAAUUAUAUAUUUGGAUGUAUACAGUCUGUUGCUUUUUUCUUCUUUUUUUCUCCUUCAGUUCUGCUUAUGACAGAGGAAUGAAUAUAAAUGUACGUCUUCUGCAGGUCAGGAGGUAUUUACAGAAGUAAAUAUGCAGGAACUAGCUUGCAAAUGAUUCUGUCUGAACAGCUAAGCUUAGUUGUGAAGUUUACAAUCAUAGCAAAGUUCCUUGUAUUCUUCAUGCAGCAGAUUAACAAGUCAUGGUGGAAAAAGAGAAAUCCAUUGUUUUUAGGCCUGACCAAAAAUCAUAUUUCCAAUGGCAGAUCUCAGCCCCAUUUCAAUAAAUUCAUUUAAAGCCAUGAUAUCUAUACUCUAGCUCAAUUUACCAAAGCAAAUCUUGGCAUAUGUCUGUGCCACCAUUUUAGAAAACCAAAAUGGGAGGCCAUUUAUGAAUAUUGGCCUUAAGACAACGGAAGCAUUUGGCCUCUAUGGUUCUUCGGCCCAUCUACUAACAACCAACUCACUUCUUCUGUCUAUUUAGGGUUUUUUUUUAAUAUGGCAUUUCUUAUCCCAAAAUUACAUACAGACAAAAAUGUGCAGACUCCAAAUCCUGUACCAAAAGCUCUCCCACACUCCCCAAAAGCAAAUAAGACAAUAGCUUUAUUAUGAUGGGAGGGGGAAAAAGAAGGUUUUGUUAUCAGUUGAAGCCCAUAUUAUUAUAAUUCUAGGAAAGCAAAAUAGGGAAGUUAUUUGUAGAUAUUUGGGUUCUUCUAAUGUAAUUGAGAGGGGUUUUAUUAAUACUAAUUUGAUGCCCAGAAGCCAAGUAGCUCCAAGAAAACAUUCUACACAAGAAGAGAGGGGGCAUAAAUUUCGAAACAAUUUACAUUCACAAAGCAUACACAUCUCCACCUUCUACCUGUUUGAUAUGUUGAAGAUUUCUUUUCUUACGUACUAUAACAUCUCAGCUUCAAAAUUCCAGAAAAGCCCUGGUUUCUAAUUGUAUGGUUCUGUAUUGAGUGUCAAUCUAUGUUAAAACUUAGUGAAAAUUAUUGUGUGCAACAGUAUUUUCUUGUGUAUUGCAUUUUUUUUCUUUUAAUUUUCUGUGAAUUGUCCUUUUUUCCUCUUUCUUUUUCUUCUCUUUUUUCUCCCUUUUGUUACUAUUUUCCCCUUUCUGGUAAUGUCUUUGAGGAAAAAAAAACAGAAGAAACUGACGUGUCGUAGAAUUAUAUGUAACCUAUUCCUUAGUCUCAUAUUAUAGGUAUGUUAUAAGAAUGGAUAUUUUACUUGGCUUUAGAAUGUUUUACAAAAAAACCUAAUUCUUAACCAAUCAAGUUCUUGCUACUAAAAAAAAAACCUUGUGUUUCUCAUCAUGACAUUGUGUGCUUCUAAUUAAUAAUCAUUUUCGUUGUAGAAAAAUGGAGUGAAUUUAUAUUAGACUUGAAAACUAAUAAUAGCAUUGUAAAUUUAUGAAAUGAUUUUAACAGAAAAAGCAUUAUAGAAAAUAUAGUUAUUUUAAUUGUAAUAUUACUAACUGUAGGGUGGAGAAGGGGGUCCUGUUGUGAUGAACUAUGUUAUAGCUUGUUAUUCACAGUUUCUUUUUGAUCAUUUUUUCGGUCUCUGAGGUGAAACGAGUUAUUAAUCAGAAUUUGUAAACUCACAUAUGCAUAUUGUAUAUGUGUAGAAAUGUAAUCACACUUUGUCUUGGAAUUACAUUAAACUGUUUUAAGUCA